GGGAAGAGUUUCACCCAGAAAUCCGACCUCACCAAGCAUCGCCGUAGCCACGCUGGUGAGAAGCCCUAUGCCUGUGACACCUGCAGCAAGAGCUUCAGCAACAAGUCCAAGCUCAGGUGGCACCGCCGCAUACACAGUGGGAAGAAGCCGUACGUCUGUGUUGACUGCAGUGAGAGCUUCACCCAAAAGUCACUUCUCACCCAGCACAUGCGGACCCACGCUGGUGAGAAGUCCUUUGCCUGUGAUACCUGCAGCAAGAGCUUCAGUCGCAACUCCCACCUCAAUGAGCAUCGCCGCACCCACACUGGGGAGAAGCCGUACGUCUGUGACACCUGCAGCAAGAGCUUCAGUCGCAACUCCCACCUCAAUGAGCAUCGCCGCACCCACACUGGGGAGAAGCCGUACGUCUGUGAUGACUGCAGUGAGAGCUUCACCAGAAAGUCCAGUCUCAUCCGACACAUGCAGAACCACACUGGUGAGAAGCCCUUUGCCUGUACUGACUGUGGGAAGAGUUUCAGGAGGUAUGUCCACCUCACCCAGCACCGCCGCACCCACACGGGGGAGAAGCCUUUUGCCUGUGACACCUGUGGCAAAACCUUCAGUCACAACUUCGCACUCGCCCAGCACCGCCGCACCCACACUGGGGAGAGACCCUUUGCCUGUGACAAGUGCAGCAAGAGCUUCAGUCACAAGACCAGCCUCACCCAUCACGUACGGAACCACACUGGGGAGAAGCCUUUUGCCUGUAGUGAAUGUGGGAAGGGUUUCACUCUGAAAUCCGACCUCACCAAGCAUCGUCGCACCCACACUGGUGAGAAGCCCUAUGCCUGUGACACCUGCAGCAAGAGCUUCACCGACAAGUCCAAGCUCAGGUGGCACCGCCGCACCCACACUGGGGACAAGCCGUACGUCUGUGGUGACUGCGGUGAGAGCUUCACCCAAAAGGCACAUCUCACCCGGCACGUGGCAACCCACACCAGUGGGAAGCCCUUUGCUUGUGACACCUGCAGCAAGAGCUUCACCGACAAGUCCAAGCUCAGGUGGCACCGCCGCACCCACACUGAGGAGAAGCCGUGUGUCUGUGACAAGUGCAGCAAGAGCUUCAGUGACAGCUCCGCGCUCACCCGGCACCGCCGCACCCACACUAGGGAGAGACCCUACGUCUGUGACAAGUACAACAAGAGCUUCAAAGACAAAUCCAAUCUCACCUGGCACAUGCGGACCCGCAGCGGUGGGAAGCCCUUUCCCUGA